UUUUGGGGGUAAUACUAUGGCAUUCUAUUUGAAGACUUUCUACACUGUGUUGGUACUGGCACUGACAGGAGGCCUUGAUCCUACCAGUGUCUCAGCAGCAUCUCCUAAUCCAAGCCUCUCCUACGUGGGUCGGGUAAGAGCUGGAUACGAGACGACCUUCACCUGUACCUCCAACUGCAUCCCAGGAUGCACCCACACCUGGUUGCUGAAGGGACUCACUUUCAAUGGGAGUGAGUUGACCUGGACCCCAGACGGUCUGGACCGUAUUGUGGAGCUGCAGUGUACUGCGGUCAACACAGAGAGUGGGAGCUCCAAGAGCAUAACCACAAUCUUGGAGGUGAAAAACUCAGUUUCCGUGAGGCCCAGGCCACAGAUCUCUCUCCCCAUCCUCAACCAGUCCUUCAGCCUGGACUGUGACGGCUCCUUCCCAGGCCUGCCAGUGCUCUGGUACAAAGACGGCCAGGUUGUAGCUCCAGACGCAAGGAUAGACGUGUUAGAACACAACACCUCCCUCCACUUCAACUCCCUGCUGCCCUCUGAUGGUGGCUUCUAUCAGUGUGAGGCGAGCAUGGCAAACCUGUCUGACAGAAAGGUCAUAAGCUUGGGCUACCUGCUAAACUUUGAUCAUUGGAGUGUUAGUAUCAGUGGCCCUGACACAGUGUUGCCUGGGAGGGAAUACACCUUUACCUGCCAGGUGAACUGCACCAUCGACCUGGACUGCUCCAUCCGCUGGCCAUUGAAGGGGGGUAUCCUCACUAGCACUUACCUCUCCGUGAACAGGAACAUCCUGAAAUGGAUCCCGUCGGUACCUGGUACAGUCCAGAACUUCACCUGUGUGGUGGAGAACACAGCAGCUGGACGCUCUGCAGAGGCCUCCAAGACAGUGAAGGUCACAGGACCCACAGUAUCAGGAUCUGAAACAGUGAGGCUGAGUGGAGUUUUAGGACUGGUCCUCUGUGUGGGACAGCUGUUCCUCCUGGAUUCCUAGCGGCGGCGCUAUAGGACUACAGCAGAUGGGAAGGACAGAGGAGAAUGCUGAAUGAGUCCAGGUUCACCUUCAGAAUUAACAAUAAAAUUGGAACCAACGUUUUGAAAUUCUUAGUCCUGUCCAAUAAGAACGCUCAUUUAUCAGAAUAAGAAUAUUAGAAUGUAAGAAUAUAAGACUGUUUCCUCUGUUAUGGCAUAAUUAUAGUUGAGUCAUUGGAAGUUUCCAGUGAAUUAUAUUUAUCAUUCACCUGCAGUGGAUAAUAAUGGGAAAAUAACAAAACCUUCAUAUUGAUAUUUUCUAUGUAAUAUUUUCUUAUUUGCAAAAUGUACUGUAUUAUUAUUAUUUCUGUAAUUAGUUGUAGUUGAGAUGACCUUCUAAAAUAAACCCCAAAUGACUGUGGUAAUAGA